CUGAGUUCAGGCUCAGUUUCUUUUAGUAAAUUAGACGAAUCAGUGCAAUCUACUUCUACUAAAAAUGCGAAACGAGUUUUGUAUCGGUGUUUUUGCUUCUCCAAAGUCGAUCGUUUCCUGCUGUCUCCUCCUUCUACUGAGCAGUCAGAUAUCAGCGCAAACUGAGAAUCAAUCGAUCGAGAAUGCGUUCGGGCUGGAUGAGACCCAAUCUAUGGAUAAUAAGAAAUCGAUCGCCGAAAGUAAUAAGUAUAUCGGACAGAUAUCUUCGAUAAGACAGCAAAGUUUAUCCGGACAAGUGGAUGUGAACGAAGAUGGAGGUAAUCACGAUGACAAGAACGAAACGAAGAAGGGGGUAGAAGAAGUUUCGUUCAAUGCCGUUAACAAUUCUGACCAAAAAAAUAAAUCCGAGAAUGAAAUCACACUUUCCGAUGGCUUCUCCGAUAAAAUGGUCAAAAGAAAAAAUGGAAAGUAUGCGAGAUACGAUUUAUCGGAAGCAGACAGAUACACGCCUCAUUCCGAUGAUUCAGUUCUAAAUUAUGUUUUAACGGAGACUAGACUGAAAGAGAUUCGAUCAAAAUUCAUGUAUUGGUACGUCGGCAGGGGUGGUAACGAUGACGAUGGGGAUUAUCAAAGAGAAAUCCAAGCUUCGAUGUCACAAAUACACAAGGAUUUCAAUUUUCAAUUACCAUUCUUCGGGCUCAGAUUCAAUUACACCAGAGUAUCGGUAAAUGGUUACUUAGAAUUUACCGAUCCUCCGCUGCAUUAUACUUACCCUCUCGUGUUUCCGGUCAGAAAUUGGCCAAAGGAGAACGAUCCUAGUUUUAUAGGAAUAUUUUUCAGUAAAUGUCGCAUAGGAGAAAUUCGACCAACCGACAUAGACCAGAGGAGACCUGGCGUAUACUUUAGGGUCGAAGAAGAUUUGCAAAGCAGAAGAGAUCAAUUUGGCGUGGAAAUGCGCGAACGUCUCAAAUGGGAUAUCCGCGAAGGAAUGAUUGGAGCCGAAGCCUUCGAACCUAAACACGCAAUCGUAGUAACAUGGAAAAAUGUGUCGUUCGUCGGUGGUAUCGAUAUUUCCCUCUACAAAACGAAUACGUUCCAAAUGGUCUUGGCCACAGACGAAGUGAACACUUACGUGAUAUUUAAUUAUCUGAAUAUUCAAUGGACCAGCCACACGGAAGCUGGUGGUGAUACUGCGAAUGGAGAAGGUGGAGUCUCGGCAUUCGUCGGUUUUAACGCCGGAAAUGGCACAAGAAGCUACGAAUACGAGCCCUAUUCACAAACGUGGAUGAUCCGCGAUUUAACCAGAAGGGGAUGUGUGAAUGGUUUUCCAGGACGUCAUAUGUUUAAGAUAGACGACAACAUAAUGUCUUCGGCAUUCGGUUCGAGGCCACAAGGGUCCUGCAACUUAGGCUACUAAGUUAAACGAAUUACUAAGUUGGUUGCUAAAUGGUAAUAAGCUAUAUACAAAUGUAAAUAUCUUCUUCAUAGGAAAUGUUUUUGCACUUACAAGAAAGUCCAAGAACUCUGGAUCAUCGAUUAAGUUGAAAUUUUGUAAUUCAAUACAAUUAACAAAAUCUAAUUUAUGCAU